GUCCAGCAGACACGGUAACCAGCAGGCAUUUUCCAGGAGUUAUCAAGGGGGGGGGAAAAAGUUAACAGGAGGAGUCUGGAAGUCAGUGCCUGCUAAACUUGGUCUGAAUGUGAAAAAAAAUUCUUUUCUUCACACUCACUUACAAUACUCUACAGCCCCGCUGCUUCUCCUGCUGCUGCCUCAACUGCCUGCAAAGGACCUGACAUAGUAGAUACCAUCAAAGGGGGAUUUCGCAUUGUAAAGGUGGAAGGCUGGGAACACAUCUGGAGGCUGCUGAAGAAAAGAUCCUCAAGAAGACAACUAACUCUCCUCCAAAGAAAUUAAGACUCCAACAAGAAAGCCAAGAAAACAAAAGUUUUCUACCAGGUGUAUGGGACAUAGAUAUUCAAAUACUGCACUGAAUUUUUCAAGGUAAACUAUGACCACUUUAUUAUUAGUGUUCGUGUGUUUGCGUGUCAUUGCUGCAGCAAUAUCAGAGGAGGGUUCAGCCCUUGCUCCCUCAUUGAGUGUAAGUAUACCCGUGGAAGCUCCACUGAGUAGUCAGCUAGGACACUCAAUUACCAUCCCCUGCUACUUCAUCAAUGCUUUGGAACAUGUGACUGUGGCCCCCUCAACGGCUCCUUUAACGCCCAGAAUCAAAUGGAGCAGACACAACAAAGGACGAGAGACAGUUCUGCUAGUAGCCACUGAUGGUCAGAUUCGUGUGAAUGAAGCCUACAAAGGACGCAUUUCAAUGCCGAACUAUCCUCUCAUCCCUACUGAUGUCAGUUUGGAAAUUGCAAGCCUAUUGUCCAAUGAUUCAGGAACCUACCGUUGUGAAGUCAUGCAUGGAAUCGAGGAUAGUCAAGACACCGUACAGGUCAAUGUGAAAGGGAUCGUUUUCCACUAUAGAGCCAUCUCCACCAGAUACACCUUGGACUUUGAAAAUGCAAAAAAAGCCUGCAUUCAGAACAGCGCCACCAUUGCUUCACCGGAGCAACUCCAAGCUGCAUAUGAUGACGGAUAUCACCAGUGUGAUGCCGGUUGGCUCUCUGAUCAGACAGUGCGUUACCCAAUCCAUAAUCCACGUGAGCCAUGCUAUGGUGACAAAGAAACUUUUCCAGGAGUUAGGACAUAUGGAAUUCGAGAUACUGAUGAAACUUAUGAUGUAUACUGCUAUGCUGAAGACAUGACAGGGGAAGUCUUUUAUGCAACAUCUUCUGAAAAGUUUACCUUCUAUGAAGCAGAAAAGCAAUGUCAAAACCUAGGAGCCAAGCUUGCCACCACAGGACAACUCUAUCUGGCUUGGCAAACUGGCAUGGAUGUGUGCAGUGCUGGUUGGCUGGCAGAUCGCAGCGUCAGGUAUCCAAUUGCCUUCCCCCGGCCCAACUGUGGUGGAAACUUAGUUGGAGUCAGAACCGUUUAUCUCCAUCCUAACCAGACUGGAUAUCCAGAUCCACUUUCCCGUUAUGAUGCCAUCUGCUACAACGACGAUGCUGACAACAUCACCAUUCAGACUGUGACACAGCCUGGCCUGACACUCAUCUUUCACCGAAAUGUUACCGAGGAGGAAGCCCGUGGCAGUAUUACUGCUCUAGAAGGACUAAACUUCACCCUAACACCUUCUGAGGAUGGCUUUACAGCAACUCCAGAAUUCCCCGGCACACCUAUUAGUCAAGAUUUGCUGCCAACAGAAAACAUCACGGAAGAUGGACUUCAGCUAUGGUUGGAAAAUAUAACAGCUGUUCCUUCCAUUGAAGUCACUGGCACAGCAGAUGGGAAAAUAAUACCAGUUACAGUAGCUAUUGAUGAAGCUGAGCCAGAAAAACCUAUAUCUGACACUGGUAUUGUGUUCCAUUACCGAGCUGGAUCCAGUCGAUACUCCCUCAACUUCGCCCAGGCCAAGCAGGCUUGUCUGGACAAUGAUGCUGUUAUUGCAUCCCCCGCUAAGCUCCAAGCUGCCUAUGAAGCUGGAUUCGAUCAAUGCGAUGCUGGGUGGAUAUCAGAUCAAACUGUCAGAUACCCCAUUGUUAAUCCUCGUGAGAAUUGCCAUGGAGAUAAGAAUGGAUUCCCAGGGGUGAGGAACUAUGGAGUGGUGGAUCCAUCAGAAGAGUAUGAUGUAUAUUGUUAUAUUGACAAGCUACGAGGUGAAGUUUUCUUUGUAACUCAACCAGAUCAGUUCACUUUAGAAGAAGCAGCUGAAUUUUGUGAGAGCAAGAAUUCAACACUGGCUUCCACUGGACAACUUUAUGCUGCCUGGAAAAUAGGAUUCGACAAGUGCAGAGCAGGCUGGCUAUCUGAUGGUAGCGUCCGGUACCCAAUUGUGACCCCACGUAAAGUUUGUGGAGGGGACAAACCUGGAGUGCGCACCGUCUACGUCCAUGAAAAUCAGACAGGAUUUCCGGAUCCUCUGUCAAAGCACCAUGCCUUUUGUUUUAGAGCUGCCCCAUUUGAGAAAAUCCCUCCAAUAAUUGAAGAAGAAAUAUUUGCAACUCGAGUAGUGCCUAUUUUGGAGGGGCUUCCAUCUGGGGAUGCAACUGUGGAAACGGUGAAUGCCACUGAAUUUGACAACGAGACAGACUUCUGGCUGGCAAAUGUCACGGCUGUUCCCACUGUAGAAAUACUAGAAACAGUGAGUCCUUCAGCAAUUCCACCCUUGAGUGUUAUUCCAGAUGUUAUAAGUGGAUCUGCAUCUGCUGAAAUCAGUGGAGUCAGUGGCGUUCCAUCUGGUGAAGUAUCCGGAGAAAUCAGUGGAGAUGUGUCUGGAAUUUCUGGAAUAAGUGGAGAACCUUCUGGGGAAGAAACAAGUGGGUUGCCUUCAGGAGUUGAAAUCAGUGGGGAUUUAUCUGGAUUGACAUCAGGUUAUGAGCUUUCUGGAGAAAUAAUUGCGAGUGGACAUCCAGAAGUUUCUGGAGAUGUUUCUGGUGAAUCAUCAGGUUUAAUAUUUAGUGGUCUGCCUUCUGGUUUACCUUCUGGAGAUGAAAUUAUAUCUGGGUCAGCUUCAGGAGUCCUAGAUAUUAGUGGAUUAUCAUCAGUAGAUAUAAGUGGGGAGACAUCUGGAGAUGAAUUAGUUAGCGGUUUACCUUCAGGGCUAAUUUUAGGAAGUGGGCAGCCAUUUGCUAGUGGAGACAUUAGUGGACUGUUUUCUGGUAGUGCAGAUUUUAGUGGACUGCCAUCAGGGUUUCCAACAAUUAUACAUGUGGAUACAACUUGGAUAGAGGGUGUAACAAAAGCCCCAGAAUCAGAAGCUGAAGGAAAAGGUCAAACAGAGUUUAGUGCAUCGGGAGAACUAUCCGGGUUACCAUCAGGUGAUUUAAGUGGUCUAGAAACCAGUGGUGACAUUUCUGGAUUAGAUAUUAGUGGCCAACCUUCUGGGUUUUUUGAUGUCAGUGGAGAUGUCUCAGGUUUUGAUGUUAGUGGAUUGCCAUCUGGAUCUAGUGGAGACCUUUCAGGUUUACCAUAUGCAAGUGGGGAUUUUUCAGGUAUUAGUGGGGAAACAUCUGGAUUAAUUGAUAUCAGUGGAGAAGAAUCUGGGAUAUUAGAUGUUAGUGGGGAUUUGUCUGGCUUAAGUGGUGAACAUUCUGGAAUAAUUGACAUUAGUGGAGAGUUGUCUGGUGUAAGUGGGGAAUCUUCUGGAGUAUUUGAUAUUAGUGGGCAACCAUCUGGAAUAGUUGAUAUCAGUGGUGUGAGUUCUGGGAUUUUUGAUGAAAGUGGUGAACCCUCUGGAGUUACUCUUAUUGAUGGAGGUUUAACUGAGCUGUCUAGACCUUUAGUAGAAGAACUGGAAGGAAAGGGGUCAGUUGAAACUAGUGGUUUGUUUUCAGGAGAUUUCUCAGGGGAAGUAUCUGGUAUUUCUGGAAUUAGUGGUGAACCUUCAGGCUAUAUAGAUAGCAGUGGAUUUGUAUCUGGAGACAUUCCUAGUGGAGAUAUAAGCAUUAGUGGACUCUCAAGUGGCAUUGACUUUAGUGGAGAGAUAUCUGGAACUGAUUUCGUAAGUGGUUUCACAUCUGGCAUUGAAGACCUAAGUGGACUCACUUCUGGUAUCCCUACAAUAUCACAUAUAGAUUUUACUGUGGUAGAAGCCCCAACAACAGGACCCAUUACAGAGGAGGCAGGUCAGGGACCAUCAGGAGUUUUUGAAAUAAGUGGAUUUCCUUCAGGAGAGGCUUCUGCAGAGACAUCUGGACUUCGUGAGUUAAGUGGAGAACCAUCUUCUGCCACACAAGAAAGUGGAGAUAUUUCUGGAUUUACAUCAGGACUUCCUGAAAUCAAAUUAAUAACCGAUGAUCUUAUUGAAGCUGUGACCAAACCAACAGUAUCACAGGAGUUAGGUGGUGUGACUGUUCCAUACGUCAUUGAAAGCUCUGCUUCUGGAGAUAUCAGUGGUGAGGCACCACUUUCUGUUCCGGAAGUCAGUGGAGAUCCAUCUGGGAUUCCUUUAACUAGCGGAGAACCUUUUGAUGGAAGUACAGAAGCUAGUGUUGACAUAUCUGGAUAUCACACUGUUUCUUCCCAAGAUUUGUCUGGGGAAACAUCAGUACCUGAUAUAAUUAUUAGCACAUCCCAACCGGAAUCUGAGUUGUCAGGUGUCUCAAAGGAACCAGAGGAAGCGAAAAAAGACACUGAACUAUCUGCUUCUGCAUCAGGAGAUAUUGUAGAUGAGAUAACAGCACUGACACCAGCACCGUUAAUGGAAGCUACGCCACAAGCUCUACCCGAUGUAAAUUAUGUUGAAGGAAUUAUCGGGACUUGUGCAGAUAUCCAAUGUGGAGCUGGAACAUGUGUAGAAAAUGAAGGAAGAGUCCAUUGUCAGUGUCCCCAAGGAUAUGGAGGAGACAGCUGCGAUAUAGACAUUGAUGAGUGCCUACCAAGCCCUUGUGUGAAUGGAGCUACCUGCGUUGAUGGCAUCGACUCAUUCAAAUGCUUAUGCCUUCCCAGCUACGGAGGGGACCUAUGCCAGAUCGAUCUUGAUGUAUGUGAUGACGGAUGGACCAAAUUCCAAGGACACUGCUAUAAACACUUCUCAGAGAGAGAAACCUGGGCUGAUGCAGAAAAUCUUUGUCGUACUCAUCAGUCACAUUUAUCUAGCAUCUUGACUCCUGAAGAACAGGAAUUUAUAAACGGCAAUGCACAAGACUACCAGUGGAUUGGACUCAAUGAUAAAACUCUUGAAAAUGACUUCCGUUGGUCUGAUGGCAGUCCUAUGCUGUAUGAAAAUUGGAGACCAAACCAGCCAGAUAACUUCUUUGCCACAGGAGAAGACUGUGUGGUGAUGAUCUGGCAUGAGAGAGGCGAAUGGAAUGAUGUACCCUGCAACUACCACCUGCCAUUUACAUGCAAAAAGGGAACAGUUGCUUGUGGUGACCCUCCAGUGGUUGAGAAUGCUUACACAUUAGGAAGAAAGAGGGAGCGGUAUGAAAUCAGCUCCUUAGUCCGGUACCAGUGUAACCAAGGUCUCCUACAGCGCCAUGUUCCUAUAGUUCGAUGCCUACCAAGUGGGCAAUGGGAAGAGCCAAGAAUACAGUGCAUAGAUCCUUCCACUUACAGACAUAAGAGAAGCCCCAGACGUCGAUCGAAAUCCACUAGCAAUGUUGCACAGAAUAUGGCCCAUUAAAAGAAAAAGAAAAGAAAAAAAAUUUAUUGUAAAGAACAUUUAUAUUAACAAUGUCAAUUUCUUUUUGUUUUGUCAUAUAAGGAGUUUAUAUCGAAGAGAACCCAAGCUGUAUAUAAAAAAAAGCACCAAAGCAAAUUAGGUUUCAGCAUUGUUUCUAAUAGUCAAAGGAGCGCCUUUGUCAGGGAUCAUGUUGUGCCUUUCUUAAUGGAGGGUGGAAGAGUUGAUUGGAAAUAGGAAAGGCUAUGUGAAGCCAUAAAGACUAUCUCCCCUCUGCCUUAACUAAAUAUAAUGUGAUAAUAAUGUAAUAUUUUUAUUAUUUAAACUCCAGGCUGGCCGAAUUUCAGUAAAAUAUAAUUAUAGUAACAAAGCCAUUCAUUGCACAUUAAGGACCUAAAAUUAAAAAAAAAAUUAAAAAAAAUUGUGAAAAAUUGCUGAAUGUAUCUCAAACAUGAGAGGACAAAGGGGUGGGGUGGGUGAGAGAUUGAGAAGAAUGUCCACGUAUGAGCUUGUACUAUAUGAUGGCAUCUAAACUACAAGCAGUAGACAUAUUUCAUGUGUGCUACCAUGAAUAGUCCUCUCCCACUGCACCUAUGAAUAUUAAAGGGGUAUUCUGGCUUUAUAUAUCUUGUCUCCUAUCCAAAGGAUAGGGGAUAAGACGUAUGAUCGCAGGGGUCCCGCUGCGGGGGCCCCCACGCGAUCUAGUUGAAGCCCCUGGCAUUCUGUGCUGGGUGUUGCCUCCGAGAUGGGGAUGUGACGUCACGGGCCAUGCCUCUGGUGAUGUCACACCACGCCCCCUCCAUUCAUGUCUAUGGGAGGGGGGGGUGAAGGCCGUCAUGCCCCCUCCCAUAGGCAUGAAUGGAGUGGGAGUGGCAUGAUGUCAUGGCCAUGACAUCACAUCCCCGUCUCGGAUUCAGUGCCCGGCACAGAAUUCCGGGGGCUGCACCGAGAUUGUGGGGGUCACAAAGAUGUGUAAAGCCAGAAUACCCCUUUAAGGUCAUGUUCAGAAAGCCUUUGAUGGAGUACAUGCCAUAAAUCUCUAUGGACCCUCACAUAGAGAUCAGCUUGUUGCAUUGAUAAGACUUUACUUGGCUUUCUGCUGUAGACGAUUGACUCACGCAUGGCCCAACGCUGCUCUUCUACAAGGUCCUCACUUCUUAUGUUUAAGUAUGCUCUGAAAUAUUUGCACACAUAUUAUAUACUUAUUCUGCACUUAAGUAACAAUGCACUUAAGCAAAAAGAGUCGUCAUUGCAGAUCUGUUUAUAACCAACUCUGCUUUAGGGUUUGUUUCUUUCCUUAUCUAAAGGACAACUCAUUUCCCUUGUGACCCAUCCUUUAUGUAUCUUCAUUCAUAGCCGUCUUCUACAAAGUAAUGCUUCUUAUCUAUGCUAGUGUUAUGUUGGCAAGUUAUGAUGCUUUUUGGAUAAAGCUUGGCAUGCCCUGUAAUGUGCAAAUCACGUGUACCACUGGGACACCCUGUGGAUUUGUUAAAUGCUUGACAGAAGCGUGUCUGUGUCUUAUCAAUCAUCCAUAACCUUGAAUGCAAGAAAUUGUAUCCAUAAUACGCCUUUUCCCAUUUUGCUGAAUGAAAUCUGCAGUGGGGCCUACUAUAGCUACAGCUCUAUACUAGGAAAGGACUAUUACUAGAACGUGGACAGGUUUUCUGCAAAAUGGUAACACAAUCCACCGUCACUCUGCUUCCCCUGCAUUGCCAGCUGUGCCUGUGUCUCUUUGAUAGAACCUCAUGACUCCCCGUAGUAGGACUGAAACAGUUUGCUGUCUUUUCCCCAUCUUUGCUCCGGGGACCGUGCAGUGCAUGAUGUUUCCGUGCACCUAUUUAUAUUAAAAAUAAUGUAAUGUUAUUAAAAAUACAAUUGGAAUACUAAGUUCUAUUUUUUAUUUAAAUGGAGUUGCAAUAUUCUUCUGGAAUUCUGGAGGAGCCUCUGUGUGUGAUGUCAGGUACAACAUUUUCUAUUUUAUUUUAUUUUUUUUUUGUAAAAAGGAAAACAAAUAUUUUAUAAAAACGUGCAUAGAGAGAAGACAGAGUAAAGAAUGUGUAACAUCAGAAAACAAAAAAUUGUGAAAUGUGUAUAAUAAAAAAGCAAAACCUGUUGUAUUUUAUUUUACUGGAUUUGCGGUGAUAUGUUUUGACCGGUGUGUGAAUAUGUUGUCAGCCAAAGGUGUGUGAAUAGUGUGUGUAUAUUGAUGAGUGGCUUCCAAAGAUUGAUACAAAGGCUUAGUGUUCUGGCCGUGCCCAAGUGGAAGUGUUCAGUCCGGUAAUAGAUGUCUAUUUAUGGCCGUCAGGGAAGCUAAUUCCCAAAAAUAUUUGAAUAACCUUAUAAAGUCAAAUAAAAUAUAGUCCUAUAGUAAAUAUGUUUACAAAGUCCGGUAAAGCUAUUUAAAAAAGAACUUUCGAAUUGAAUUUCCGAACUUAGUAAUUAAAUGGCUUAAAAUUUUUUGUUAUUUUUAUCUGCCCUCUUGUGGCAUAGGUAUUUCCUUUAUGGAAAUCAAGUGCAUUUGGACUCUCACUACAGUAAGACUUGGUGGGCAUCUGCUACUGCUUUUAAUUCAACACUGCUUAAUUGUUAACCCAUAGUACUGCAGACAAGUUCUUAUGCUAUAUUUGUAUUCAAUGUGUUUAUCUGACACAUCUUCGUAAAAGUUUUUACAAACCUCAUACACUGAAAGCCAAU